ACGAAACUACUCCGGUUUUGGAAAUCCCACCAUCUCCGCCCAUGGAGGUUUUCAACUUUCGUAUAAAUAUACAUAUAAUGAAACCAUAGAUCAGCCUCUCACAGGUAGAGCAGACCCACCUAUAUGGAUAUAUAGAAACCCAAAUAUAUUCUCCAGCUCUCUCUCUCUCUCUCUCUCAAUCUCCCAUUUUCUUGGUGUGUCUUUUUUUUUUUUUUUUUCCACAGAGAGAAAGAGAGAGAUCUGUCAGGAAAUUAGGUUGGUUCAUUUUGUAAUGGGGAGGGGAAGGGUUCAGUUGAAGCGGAUAGAGAACAAGAUCAAUAGGCAGGUGACUUUCUCGAAGAGAAGGUCUGGGCUGCUCAAGAAGGCGCAUGAGAUUUCUGUGCUCUGCGAUGCUGAGGUCGCUUUGAUAGUCUUCUCCACCAAAGGCAAGCUCUUCGAGUACUCGUCUGAUUCUUGCAUGGAAAGAAUCCUGGAAAGGUAUGAAAGAUACUCAUACGCAGAGCGGCAGCUUCUUGGAAAUAAUCACGAUCACGACCACGAUCAAGAUCAAUCAAAUGGAAACUGGACUCUAGAACAUGCAAAGCUCAAAGCUAGGGUGGAGGUUUUACAGAGAAAUCAAAGUCAUUUUAUGGGGGAAGACCUACAAUCCUUAAGUUUGAAAGAGCUUCAGAAUUUGGAGCAGCAACUUGAUUCUGCUCUGAAGCACAUAAGGUCUAGAAAGAACCAACUUAUGUACGAAUCCAUUUCGGUGCUCCAGAAGAAGGAUAAGGUGUUGCAGGAGAAAAAUAAUUUGCUGACAAAAAUGGUCAAGGAGAAGGAGAAGGAGAGAGCAGUAGCCGGCAGUGCCCCACAAGCACAGGCACAGGCACAAUGGGAGCAGAUGCAGAGGCAUAGCUUGGACUCCUCCUCCAGCAGUGCCUUUCUACCUCAGGCUUUGCAGUCCUUGAAUUUCAGAGGCUCAUCUGGAGACUAUGAUCAUGAUGAAGAAAUAACCCCACCUCCACCUCCGCCUCAACAUCUAGCUGCCGCUGCUGCCAACAGUAAUACACUCCUGCCGCCUUGGAUGCUCCGCCACCUUAAUGAAUAGAAGAUAUACAGAACUACUUUUUUAGUAGUUAUAGAGAGUUAAUUAAGUAAGUAUAGAUUUGUCUGUAAUCUAGGUCAAAUAUUAAGUGUCUGGUGUAAAUUGAAUAUUGGAAAUUUAGCCCAAAAGAAAAAAGUGGUUUUAUAUAGUUACGUCGGGCGGGCUACCUAAAACUAGCUAUCACCUUGUGUAUGUAGUAAUGUUUUACAUAUAUAUAUGAUUAAGGGCACUGUUCUCAAAUUAACUUGUGAUAUAUUCAAGAACGCAAGCAUCAGGUUCUCUGUUGAUAAUUAAAUUAA